AUGGUAGGACAAAUGCCCGUGAAGGAAACAGACAUCAUAGACCCAGGGCUGAGCAAUGUCAACAGGCUGCCUAUGGGGUUUCCAAGACCAGUCUUCCAGGCAAAUCCUCCAUACCAAAACAAUAAACAUUCUUUACCUUCCCAAGGUUCUCAGUUCCACGGAUUUCAACAUCUUAGCAAAGUCACACCAAACAAUUCAUCUACUGAUAUGAAAACUGUUAACUUUCAAUUGUCAAAUGUGAGUAAUGACACACAGCAAGACAAAAUUGGCAGUUCCCAAACAAAUAUGUCAAACUCUACUCACCUACAAUUUAACUGCCCACAAUCUAUUCAAGACAAAAUGACAAUGAAUAGAUGUGCCAGCUCUUCUCAGCUGACUUCACAAAGAAUGACAGAAGCAGAAGAGAAAUCUUGCAAUACAUGGAAAAAUAUUAGAAAAUCAUAUGUUCAGAAAAAGGUGCCAGUUCGAAAAGUGCCUCAUUUUGUUCCUGAUCAAGAACCCGAGAGGAAAAGAACAACCCCUCUCAACACUGCAUAUGCCAUACGAAAGUCAAGGCCAAUCAGUGGUGUCCACACUCGACCAUAUAGGGACAGAGUGAUUCACCUACUAGCACUGAAAGACUAUAAGAAAUCUGAACUUCUUGUUCAACUGCAAAAAGAUGGCAUCAAAACAAAUGACCCCAAUUUUCUUGGAAAAAUUCUGCUGCAGGUGGCUAAUUUGAAUGCCACUACUUUGUCAUAUACUUUAAAAGACAGUAUCUUCAAUGAGGUCCAGAGAGAUUGGCCGGGCUAUAGUGAGGAAGACAAGUUGUCAUUGGAUUUGGUGCUUUCCAGAAAGCUACGUCCAUUUCACAAUUCUACCAAGGCCACCCAUUGCAAAGAGUCAUCUGUAGUUUCUAAAACAGAUGAUUCAUCAUCCUCAAAGGAUCAUUUUCUCUCCUUAUCUGGUAUUGACCCUUUAAUGAAAAAUAAAGGUGGAUUCUUUCCCCCUAAAUCUGGUGGACAGAUAACAUCAAAUGGCCAAGCAAGUGGUAACAGUGAGAAAUCUGUAAUUAUGUUGUGUUCUGCCCCUACUACCAAAUGCAUCCCUCGACCAUUGCCUGACUCCCAUCUGCCAAAUUCAAAUUCACCACUGCUCGUAAAAUCUAAUCAUACUGUUUUCAGUGCUCCAGAAAAUUCUGGGACUCAAAAUCCAUGUGACAACAUCAGCCAUGACAAUGACAUGCUUGAAAGAGAGAUGAAUAAAUACACUUCCUUGGAAGCUCCAUCCUGUGCUUCAUUUCAAAAAAUGUAUUCAAAACCAAUAGAAAUACCACAUUUUAUGCCUGAGAAGUUCAAAUGUGCAUUUGCAAAGCGAAAAACAACUAUCCCAAACUGCAUUACCAGCACAAUGGAGAAACCGAAGACAGAUUUUAAGAAACAAGAUGAAAUUAUGAAGUCAGAUUCCAACAAGGAAGUUAAAAAAGUUUUCCCUGAUUCUGGGAAGACCAGUUUUACAUCUGCAACUCCAGAUUAUUUGGUGAAUUAUUCUAUUAUACUUUCUUCUGACCAACGUCAGUAUUAUGAGAAGGAAUUCAGGGCAGAUUAUAGUGAAUAUCAAGCCAUGUACAAUAAGAUACAGAUUUCAUGCACACCAAUCAUUGACCUAGAUUCAGAAAGAAAGGGAUUUUCUCCAGGAUCAAAAGAAUACCAAGAUAUUACUAAAAAUAUUUUAGUAGCCUAUCAGAAAAUGCGGCAGAUUAAUCCUAAAUUUUGUGAAGAAAAGGAUAGAUGUGUGUUUCUUUACAACAAGCUGGUUCACAUUAAAAAGUUAAUAAAUGAUUUUGACCAGCAAGAAGUAAAGUCUACACAGUAA